UAAGCUUCUACUAGCUGUCCAGGUAUGCAAGGGGUGUGGCCCAGCUAGGAGGUUUGCUCGUAAAGGGACCAGUAAGUCAUUCAAGUAGUUCAUAAUUUCUACGUGCCACUUCAGAUGUUCCUAGCUUUGUGUCCUUAGGAGAAAUGAUAGAAGCGGAACCAAAGAGCUGAGAAGACCAGGUGGUUUUGCGCAUGGGAGAUCAAGGAUUGGCUGCUGUUCUUUUAGCUGUGAGACAAAAGCCACCUGUGCUUGGAGAGACUGCUCAUUUUCUUCUCUUCCUUUGUGAAAAGGCUGUGGUGUGAAUUUCAGAUAUAGUUGCUGACAUCAUGAGUGAUUCAGGAAGCUUAUUUGGUGACGUUCACAAGCCCAGUGCCAGAACCAUUUAUGAACACAGGAAGAAGUAUUCCAACUUCAUUGUGGCAGAUGUCUCCCAGUAUGCUGUCAAUCACCUGGUGACCUUCUCCAUUGGGGAAGAGGACGAUUUGACAUGUGUGGAAGAUGCUGUCAGGAAACUGUGCAUCAUGGAUAAGCAAGGGAAGGUCUGGGUUCAGGAGAUGUUACUCCAAGUCAGCGGGUCAGCUAUCAAGCUCCUUGACAUAAACUCAAAGGAGGAAUUGGAGAAUUAUGCAUUGGCAACUGUGGCUUAUUGUGAUGCUGUCCGCCCUGAGUCUCGGUCACGAUCCUUGCUUCUACUCAUGUGCCAGGAACCUACUCAGCUCAGACCGGAUAUCCACUUCUUUGAGUGUGAUCAAAUUAGGGCGGAAUGGAUCCAGCAAGACAUCAGUAGUGCCCUGCUGGACUUCAACACAGGAGGAAAUACCCAACGGACAGAAGCCUUAAGAGCUGCCCAAAAUAUGCUUGAUAAUCAGGAGAUCUCUCGGCCUCCUGUGCAGGUUCCUUCUAGGACAAAGAUUGUUGCACCAGGGCCAAGAGAAGAUGCCAUGUUGGUAGGAGAAUCUGAUCUGACCUCCAUCCAAAUGGAGCAAAAUGUGGAACUGCUAAACCAUGUUUUUGAUGAUGUGGAAGCCUUUGUGAGAAAUCUGCAGAAAUCUGCCGAAGCUUUCCGUGUCCUGAAUCAAUGCAGGCGCUCUGCAAGACGACAUCUUCGAGAGCCAGGAGAGGGACUCUUAACCAUCAGAGCAAAACCUCCAUCUCAAGAGGAGUUUGAAGACACUCUGUCCAAGAUCAAAUAUUCCUUCAGCCUUCUGGCAAGGCUGAAAUCUAACAUCACUAACCCUACUUCAGAGGAGCUACUAUGUAUUCUUUUCAAGCCCUUGAAGAUGAUUGUGGACGCUUCUGGAGGUGUGGAAUUUGCUUCUGAACUGCGCAAUCCCAUGUUAACUCUAGAGGCCGUGACUUUGAUGCGAAGCUGCUUAGGAGAACAGGAAACAGAAUUUUGGCAUUCUCUGGGUGAAAACUGGACUAAGCCCAGGGUGGAUUUCCCCAGGGGCUAUGCAGCUCCCUACAACCUAACUUUCUGCAGGGGCUGGGAGCCUCCUGUCCGAGAUGCUUUUGGAAAACCUUGGGAAGACCCAGUAGAGAUACAACACCGUCAUGAAGAACGACGCACCCAGCAAUCGGCACCCACAAUUGCAGCCAAUGGAUGCAAACAUCUAGAGAAAUCAGUGAUCUGCACCCAUAGCUUCACAGCCAGAAACAGCAAUGAACUGUCAGUGCUUCAAGGAGACAUAUUAGAGGUUCUUGAUGAUAGUAGAAAGUGGUGGAAAGUCAAGAACUGUUAUGAUCAAGUUGGUUACGUCCCUUAUAAUAUUCUUGCUCCAGUGCUGAAUGGAGAUAAUUCCAGUAUCCAGAAUGACAAGGAAAUGCUUCUAAUUCAUGAAAUCACCCCUGUAACAACGAAGAUAAUACCACCUCAGCCACCAGCAAUGACCACAAGUCUACAGUCCAAUGGUGUAAAAUUGGCCAGCGCAAAGGAGCCUAACGAGAACCAGAAUAAGAAAGAACACUUCAGCGUGGUCAACGAGGAGCUUGUCUUCAGGCUGGCCAACGGGACAAGUGGCUAUGGCAAAACUCUUCAUAUCCCACGUACUCUGGAUACUGAUGUCCCUUUAGACUACAAUUCAAAUUCUGAUCAAGUCCGGACCUGGUUGGAGGCCAAAGGGUUCAAUCCAUUGGUUGUCCAUGCUUUGGGGAUUCUGAAUGGCGCUCAGCUCCUGUCCUUGAAAAAGGAUGAGUUCAGAGCUAUCAACCCAGAAGAAGGACCUCGAGUCUACAGCCAGGUUACCAUCCAGAAAGCCCUCCUAAAGGAUUCUGGGAAAAUGUCAGAGCUAGAGGUCGUGAUGGCAAGACAAAAGAUAAAAGCAGAAGGAUUGGACUAAUAGAGCUCUCUUCUUGUGUGGUGAUGUGACUUUGCUAAAGCAAUGUGGAAAUUCAGAUUCCUCUCUCUACAGGAUCAGAAUCUAGCCUGUGUAGGAUCAGUGUGAAAGAAUUGGUUGUAAUUGUUACUGUGGGUGUGUUUUAUUUUAAAAAGAGAGAUUUGAGAAUACCAGGAAGUUUGAUUUGCCAUCAAACAAGAGAAACUUCCUGGUAUUCUCAAAUCUCUCUUUUUAAAAUAGAGGUCAUGGAACAAUAUUCACUCUCCCCCUUCCUUAAUCCCCAAAUUAAAAAAAAAGGAAAUAAUUGUGACCUAUAAGAUCUACACUUUCUCCAUUUUGGAACAAUUGCUUAUCUCCUUGUAGAAUUAGCUCUCAAUCUUUCAGUAGGGAAAUACUAAUAUGGUAUAGUAUGCGCUAUUACAUCAUCUAUUUAGUUCUUUCAUUAAACAUCAGUCGGAAUAUUAUUGAACAAAUUUUUUUUCAGAUGUAUGGCCUCAUGAACUAUGCAUGUAAAUCUACAUAAAAUCAAUGAUUUUAUACACAGUUUAUUUAAUCCAGUUCAUAGAUCAGCACAGGAAAUGUAAUCAGAGUUCUACCUGCGUGUUCAGUGAGUAACAUUUUACAACUCUAUGAACUUUUAAAGCAAAUCAUCCUGUCUAGCCACAAUGACUCCACCUGUUCUUUUUUUAAUAGAUUGGUUCCUGUGAAAUAAUAGCUCAACAUUAAAAAAAUGUUAAAUAAUCUAAGUAAGUAUGUGUCAUGAAAAGUGAUGAAUUACUAUUACAAGAGUUAAUUGCUUUAAAUUCAGAGGCCUUUGUCACAGAACAAUACACUUUUGGCCACUAGAUGGCAGUCGGCAGCCUCUAUGGGCAAACCAAGCUGUUUAACUACAGAUAAUUUCCCUGUAAAUCAAAAAGAUUUAGCCAGAUUUUUAACAGCUUGUUCCUAUUGUCCUGAAAGCAUUUUUUAUGGGGAAAAUGAACUGAAUCAGCUGCUUUGAAGGAAUCUUAUGCAAGAAAAUGUGAUGUUUCAACUAAAAAAAAAAGCCUUUAUGAUAAAAUGGGACCAUUUGCUGUGCUUCAGUUUCAUUAUGGUGUGUAUUUGUGUAUAUGUGUGUUAGCUAGUUAUUUAAUUAGUUCUUUUUUUCCAAUAGCUUUCUCACAAUUUGAUGAACAUAUGUUGAACAGUGCACCAUAAUUUUGAUUGCUGUUAAAACAGUUUUCAUUAGAAGUUUCUUGAGUUCAGUUUUACCCCUAAAUCUACUAGCAGUUCUGCACAGAUUGUUUACUCACAAGCUGCUGUAAAUUGUUGUGGAAGCGAAAGGUGUGGAUGGCAAAAAUCACUGUAAGCUGCUUUCCCAUAAUUAAUGCCAAUAUUCCCAAUAUUUAUUUUAAGCCUAUUUAUAUGAAAUUAUUGUUGUUAAUAUUUGUUUUAAAAAGAUUGAUUUUUAAAAUUUCUUUAAAAAAAAUUGAUUUUGAAAAUUCUCUAGAACAAGUCCCUAGUUAAGUUGCCUAUUAAGCAAAAUGGGUUUCUGAGCAGCAUGUAAAAUCUCCCAGGAAAUAAGAUUUCAAAUAACAUUUUUAAGGCCAGAAAUUCUGUUCUACGGCUGCUUUACAUGGGACCAUUUUUGCAGAAGGACUAAGAAUCAAUUCCAAGAUUAUCUAUUCCUUAUGGUGGCAUUAGUGAAUCCAAAAUACAGGUAGUCCUUGACUUACAACAGUUCAUUUAGUGACCUUUCAAAGAUAAAACUGCACUGGAAAAAAGUGACUUAUGAUUGUUUUUCACACUUAAAACCAUUGCAGCAUCUCCAUGGUCACAUGAUCAAAAUUCAAAUACUUGGCAACUGAUUCAUACUUAUGACGGUGUCCCCUUUGCAACCCUCUGACAAGCAAAGUCAAUGGGAAAGCCAGAUUCACUUAACUAAUUCAUUCUCUAAUUUAACAUGUGUAGUGAUUCAAUGAACAAAUGUGGCAAGGAAAGUCAUAAAAUGGGGCAAAGCUCACUUAACAAAUGUCUCGCUUAGCAACAAAACUUUUGGGCUCAAUGGUGGUUGUAAAGCGAGGACUACCUGUAAGGGAUUUCAAUUUAAUUUGCAGCUGGCAAAUUUAGUGCAGUCCAAAAAAACUCACACAGGAGACCAUCUCUCAUUUAUAAUUGGUUAAAAUUUGCACAUGUUAUGUCUGUGGUUUAUUUUCUCCAAACUUCCUGAGAGGCCCGGCUGCUUGUUUGCUGUAGUGGGACAUGAUGGAAAUGCGGUAUCUCUUAUUGUUUCAGGACUUGGGGAGGUUUUAUGGAAGACAUUGUUAAUUAUAUUAAAAUCUGUAAAUAAAUGUUUCAAACAAUAA